AUGCUUAUCCUUAUAUUAGACCGAUACGCAGCCCUAAAACUGUCCGCUGGUUUUCCUCGAGGAAAGAAUGAAUUAAUAGUGUCUGAACGAAUUAAUGCACAGACAACUAUAAUGACAGUAUUUAAAGGUUUCUUAAGAAAACCAUUCGGGUGUACCACCCCUCUAACAAGCGCGCAUACUUACAAUAAUAUAUUCAGGUUCAGCACUAUUGCUCCUGUCAACCCAUUCCCAGGUGUUUAUACGAAAGAGUCAGCUAGCGGUAAAAAAAAGUUAAUAAUAAUAUCCCUUGAUUGGACUCGUCCGAAAGAUCCGCCUCUCUCUAUUGGUCAUGCUUCAAUAUUAGCCAGCCUACAACAUCAUGGCAUUGAAACAUUUGCUCGUUCAUGGGCGGUCAAUUCCCCUACCUUUUCUCCUCAUCCUGUGAGAGACUUUAUUAUGCUGCACUCCCACGCUCAAACUGCUGUUGCCAUAGGAGCUUUUGUUUGGAAUGAAAAGGCUAUACAAUCAAUUUUAACCGAGUUAAAACUACUCAGGUUUCCCGGUAGGAUAAUAAUUGGCGGCCCCCAAGUAAGCUAUGUUAAGAAAGACGUUGAGAGAUUUUACCCUCAGGCCGACGUUUUUAUCCGAGGAUACGCCGAAAAUGCUCUUGUAAAGCUAAUUCAAUCUGAAGAGCGUUUUCCUAGCAUUCGAGGAGUGCACUACGCAGGAAAGCCAGAUUUAGGAUUAUCUGCAGUUGCAGACUUGGAAGGGUUAAUUUCACCAUUUUUAACCGGACUUAUUCCACCCCAACGGUUUAUUCGAUGGGAAACCCAACGCGGGUGCCCGUUUCGUUGUGCUUUUUGCCAGCAUCGGGAAUCCGAUGUGACCAUGAAACGUCGUCAAUUGUCUUUCUCGCGCAUAAUUCAAGAAGCAGAGUGGAUUGGUCAAAAUCCGAUUAUUCAGGAUAUUUCCGUAUUAGACAAUACGUUUAAUUCUGGACCUAAUUAUCUUGAUGUACUGGACAAAUUAAUAGAAGUAAAGUACAAAGGAAAGAUAGCUUUUCAAUGCAGGAUUGAAAUGAUAAAAAAAGAAUUCUUGGAUAAAAUUGUUCAAUUGAGCGACACGGCAGAAGUAGUGUUGGAAUUUGGAUUACAGACAAUUCAUCACCAAGAGCAGGCGAUUAUAGACAGACCAAACAAUAUGAAGCUUGUUGAAAAAAAUCUAACCGAAAUACACAACCGCAAUAUUAAGUGCGAGGUUUCACUCAUUUUUGGUCUACCUAGCCAGACGCUCACUUCUUUCAAACAGACCAUUGACUUUUGUUUACGUCAUAAGGUUCCAACUGUUAAAGCCUUUCCUUUAAUGUUGUUAAGAGGCACGCCAUUGUAUGACCGGAAAUCCGAACUCGGGCUGGUUGAGUCUUAUGAAGUGGCAUCGCCAGACAUUGAUCGUUUACAGGUGGAUAUUCCUCAUGUUGUUUCAAGUCCAUCUUUUACCUAUGAAGAAUGGAAGGAAAUGGCCGCUAUGGCUGCUUGUUUAGAAAAAAAGGAAUUAUCGUCUCAAGUAAAUGAACAAAGCGAGGCAAUCAGAAACAUUGUAGCGAGUUAG